GGAGGCCUUCACAACAUGCCAACAGACUAUCACGUAACCAAAAUAUUUGCCAACUUUGCGUCAGGGUCCUCCUCUUCCUUCUGCUUCCUCGCUGCCAAGGGCUCCGUUAGAGAGGGCAGAGCAAUAAGUUUUCCCCUCAAGGCCUCGCUUUGCCGAGCUUGGAUCAUUUGUUGCUUUUUUAUCAGAGUGUUGCAUGUCUACAACUUUCUUAUUUCCUUUCCUGCAGGCAGGAUUCUCAACCGAUUCUCCAAGGACCUCGGGAGCAUCGACGAGCUCCUGCCGAAGGCCUUACUGGACGCGACACAAUUCAUCUUGGCUUUCUUCGGCUACAUCGUCGUCUCGGUCUCCGUCGACUGGAUCUUCAUCAUCCCUGUCAUCGUGCUGCUGGUCAUUUUCUGGAUGGCGCGAGUAGUCUACCUCAUGUCGGCCAAGAACAUCAAGCGUUUGGAGGGAAUGACUCGUAGUCCAGUCUUCACACACCUGAAUGCCACGAUCCAGGGUCUGUCCACGAUCCGAGCGUUCAACGCUGAGGAUCUGGUCAAAGUGGAGUUCGACAAUCAUCAGAACCUGCAUUCGGCAGCCUGGUACAUGGGGGUCAUGACGAGCAUGUCCUUCGGCACAGCCCUUGAUCUGCUCAGUUUGAGCUUCUCUAUUGUCGUCAUCUUCAGCUUUCUCUUGCUGCAGCAGUCGGAUGAUUUUCUCGGCGGUGACGUGGGUCUCGCGAUCACGCAGAGUAUGGCGAUGACGGGCAUGGUCCAGUUCGGCAUGCGUCAGUCCGCUGAGGUCGCUUCCCAGCUGCUGAGCGUCGAGCGCGUAUUGGAGUACGCCGACCUCCCGACCGAGGACAAGGACGCCGCCAGCGGACCCGCUCCAAAGCCAGACUGGCCCGCCGAGGGACGCGUGGAGCUCAAGAAUGUCUGGAUGAGAUACGCUCCCGAGGACCCGCCCGUGCUCAAGGGACUCACCCUGACCAUCAACCCCACGGAAAAGGUCGGCAUCGUGGGCCGCACGGGCGCGGGCAAGUCGUCGCUCAUCGCCGCCCUGUUCCGGCUCGCCUACCUCGAGGGCCGCGUCGUGCUGGACGACGUGGACACGGGCAGCCUGCCGCUGCAGCAGCUGCGCUCGCGCAUCUCCAUCAUCCCGCAGGACCCCGUGCUCUUCUCCGGCGACCUGCGCCGCAACCUCGACCCCUUCGGCGAGUACAAGGACCACCAGCUGUGGGCCGCCCUCGGGGACGUCGAGCUCAGGGACACGGCCUCAGACUCGGGCGGCCUCGAGAUGCGCGUGGCGGACGCGGGCGCCAACUUCUCGGUCGGGCAGCGGCAGCUCAUCUGCCUGGCGCGCGCCAUCCUGCGCGGGAACAAGCUCCUCAUGCUGGACGAGGCAACGGCCAACGUCGACCCGCAGACUGACGCGCUGAUACAGAGUACGAUUCGCACCAAGUUCGCUCGCUGCACCGUGCUCACCGUGGCCCACCGCCUCAACACGAUCAUGGACUCAGACCGGGUGCUCGUCAUGGACGCCGGCCGCGCAGCCGAGUUUGACCACCCGUACAUGCUGAUCCAAAAGAGGGGCAUCUUCUACUCGCUAGUCCAGGAGACGGGUCACCAGAUGGCCGACACCUUGGCCAAGAUCGCGAGGGAGAACUACGAGAACAAAAUCACUUCUGGUCAGUAUUAGUAACAACACCAUAAUUCCAUGUUCACUUCUAUAAAUAAAUAUUGAUUCCUAGAUUAAGACAGAAAAAA